AUGGAUUCAGCGAGGAGUUGGUUUCAGAAAUUCCAACCUAGGGAAAGAUUAAGGUCUUCGAGCAAGAAGAAGGAACCAUCAGAUAGUGGUGAGGGAUCAAAGUUACCCACUGCAGAGGAAGGUCCCUCAAAUGCUACAAAACAGAAGGUUGCAGCCGCAAAGCAGUAUAUCGAAAAACACUACAAAGAGCAGAUGAAGAGUUUGCAAGAGCGUAAGGAACGGUAUCUUUCUUCAUACAAAUUUAUACAAAAUUUUACUACAUGCGAAUCUAUUUAUGAUUAUGACGACUUUUAUUUUUCCAUUAGCUUGUUGAAAACUUUGUUUGAUCCUCUUAAAAAUUUAAGGCAAUGAAGGAUGGCAAAGAAAUACUCCUUGCAAUAUGUCCCUCUCGUGAACUUUUUCAUAUUCCCAUCAGACGCUCAUUUGUUCCUUUCAUUUUAAUGGCGACUAUGUUUCGACUUUCAUUGUAAAACCUAAAUUGUAUCAUAUCUCAUAACGUACCAAAAAAACGCGUUGGAUCCAUUGAGGGUGUGCAUUUAUAUAACUUUCAAGUUCAGAGGUCUUGCUGAGGUCAAUAAAUAUAGCAUCAUGGGAUGCCUAUCAUCAAUAAUGAAUAGAAGGAAAUAGUCGAGUUACCAGGCCACGCUAUUAAAUGAGCUGUUCAGUUGGGAGUUGAUCAUUUAUUGGUCCAUAACUUUUAUUUUAUUGAUGACCCACCAGAAUAUUUACAGAUUUCUGUUUACGUGAAUAGAAAAUUGAGGGCAACUUCCAGAAAUCUAUUUGGACUUCUGACUCUGUCGUAAUUUUUUUUUGUACCCCAAUCAUCUGCACAAGGCAAUUUUGUCGCAAUAAUGGUUUUUUCUUAUUUGAGCAGAAAUGCUCACAGUGAGGAAUUAAAAUCUUGCAGAAAGAGUUUUAUAUUAUUUCUUUACCUUGUUUGUCUCAGUCAAUCUCUCCUUCAUUUAGCAUUUCGAGGCUUGGCUAAUGCUAGAUUGAACAUUUUUUGGCUUUUAUUCUGUUUGAAUCUUCCAAAAAUUUCUUGCUCGGUCUUGAUUAUAUUUUAUGUUUUUCAAUUACAUUAUUUCUACUUCGAUUUAAGCUUCUGUGAUCAUACAUUUUUCUGUAGUCUCUUAUUUAUUUUUUUCUUCACUUUUAUUUUUGUCGCUGAGAAGUCGUUGGUCCUUGGAGAGGAAGUUAGCUGAUGCUGAUGUUUCUGAAGAAGAGCAGAACAAUCUUCUGAAAAACUUGGAAAGAAAAGAGACAGAGUAUAUGCGCCUUCAGAGGCAUAAAAUGUGUGUUGAAGACUUUGAAUUGCUAACAAUGAUUGGCAAAGGUGCCUUCGGAGAGGUAAUAUUCCUAGUAUUCUUUUAAAACUCACUUUAAUCUUACUGGAAUGGUCGGUCGGGUUCUUAUGCAACCCCUUUUCAAUAAAUCUCUAAAAUGUUCCAGGCCACAGGUUCAUGCAACGAAUUUGCACCUACUGUAUGCUAUUCCUGGGGUUGUCAUACUUAUAUAUAUUGAGAGAGUAAGCAUAAAGUAGGGAGUUUUAAAGGAAUGGAACUCUAAAUGACGCCUUUAUCCAAUUAUCAUAUUAUGAGUGCUUGACGGUUUAGCUAUCCAUUAUGGUCCUCUACGGUAUGGUAUCACUCAUUCUCGAUGGAUUCCUAGUCUAUUCAAAUUGACUGUUCCUUUUGCUACUGAAAAUAAGGAUUUUGCGGUAGCCCAUUCUUGUUUAUUAUGGACGGUGUUGAUUAGUUUCAUGUCAAAAAUAUGGCUCCAUUUCAGUGAGUCAUUUUUUGGAUCCCAUUGAAAAGAUAAGGCGUUUGAUGUUUAAAUGUCGGGUUUGCCACUUUAGUGCUUUGAAUGUUCCCAUAAAAAUUGUCAUCUUUCAUCUUUUCUUUUAUUUACUGUCAUAUGCAACAUUACCUUUUUCCUUUUUUCUGUUGGUAUAUAGGUCAGGGUCUGCAAGGAGAAAUCUAGUGGCAAUGUUUAUGCUAUGAAGAAGUUGAAGAAAUCAGAGAUGCUUCGUCGAGGUCAGGUAUGUAUUUUUAUUUUUCUUGAAAAUUGGGUUUAUUUUCCUUAUUUUUAUGCUUAAACAUAUGCUUUUGCAUGUUAAGGUCGAGCAUGUUAAAGCUGAAAGAAAUCUUCUUGCGGAGGUUGAUAGCAAUUGCAUUGUAAAACUAUAUUUUUCCUUUCAAGAUGAAGAGUUUCUUUACUUGAUCAUGGAGUAUCUACCUGGUGGAGACUUGAUGACGUUGCUUAUGCGAAAGGAUACGUUGACUGAAGAUGAAGCCAGAUUUUAUGUUGGGGAGACUAUUCUAGCAAUUGAGUCCAUCCACAAGUAUAACUACGUCCACAGGUUCUCUCUCUCUCUCUCUCUCUCUCUCUCUCUCGCCCCCCUUCCUCCCCCUGUGACAUGGACCUUCUAAGUGAAAUUCUGAAGUAUCCUUCCAAUGUCUUUCUGGAUUGUCUGAAGAGUAUUCCUUUCCUAUUUGCAGAGAUAUCAAGCCGGACAAUUUAUUAUUAGACAGAAAUGGUCACAUGAAGCUUUCGGAUUUUGGGCUAUGUAAACCAUUAGACUGCAGUACUCUUCCAGACUGGGAGGAAAAAGAUUUUGCUUUAGGAAGGAACUACAGUGGCAGACUACAGGCUGAUGGACGGCCUUCUGCACCUAAGCGAACUCAACAGCAACAGCUGCAGAACUGGCAACGGAACAGAAGGAUGCUGGUAAUCUCCAUUUCUGUCUUCAUCCGGACUAUUAAAGAUCUGAAAUUUUUCAUGAAUUUCAUUUUUAUAUGUUGUACAUUCACGUAAAAGCGCAUUCAUAUAACAUGCUCUACUUUUUUCUUCUGAGGUAGCAAUGUCGUUUUAAUUAAUACCAACUUUAGUGCAUCUCACAUUGAAUAUGAUUAAUCCAGUUUAUGUAGUUAGUUCAUUGAUCCUUUACUUUGUUUGGUCUAAAUUUAUCGUCUCUUGACAAAAUUGCAGGCGUACUCUACUGUUGGUACACCAGACUACAUUGCGCCUGAAGUUCUACUUAAAAAGGGCUAUGGCAUGGAAUGUGAUUGGUAAUUAUAAGACUCGUUUCUUUAACUUUUAUCGUCGACCAUCAUCGUACCAACUGUAAUUUAAAAUUUGCAAUCUUCCUCCUUGACUGAUAUAGGUGGUCACUGGGGGCUAUCAUGUAUGAAAUGCUCGUGGGUUAUCCACCGUUUUAUUCUGAUGAACCAAUGUCAACGUGUAGGAAGGUAAAGGAAUUGUACCUCAUUUGAUAGAAUGCUUUUAUUCACAAUGUUCACUCUACAUUUUUGAGAAAGUCCCUGAAGAAGCAAAAUAAUAGAAUUUCAGAUUUCGAGGAAACAUUUUUAGGCAAGAGUCACUGCAAGUUUAAAUUUCGUAUUAACUGCUGACUUAAGGAAUUUAUGAUUUCACCCCUCUAGCCAUUAUUUUUUCUCGAGACUUUAUUGGAUGAAAAUUUUCAAAAUUUCCCUUGUUAGAAAGGUUUUCUACUACAUCAUCAUUGUUCCCUCCAACAAAACUUUCACAAUCUGUUUUUAAGAAAGGUUGAUUUAUGUAAUGAUACGUUUGUUUUAAUGACACUUUUAUUGUCUAUUGACGGUGCACAUUCAUUCUAGCGGGUUGCUUCAUAGCCUUCAGCUCAGGUUAAAGAGCUAUUUCGUUGUUGGAGCAAUUCUCGAUUUUGGUCUCCGUAUCAUUUACGAAAUUGUCUCUAUUUUUUAUUUAUUUGUGCAGAUAGUAAAUUGGAAAACACAUUUAAAAUUUCCCGAGGAAGCAAAUCUGUCUGAUGAAGCUAAGGAUCUUAUCAGUAAACUCCUCUGCAACGUCGAUCAGAGGCUUGGGACGAAGGGAGCCAAUGAAAUUAAGGUUUCUUGCCAAUUUUUCUGUUCUGCUUUGUGAUAAUCUCUAUUGUCGUGUAUUUCUUUCGUUCCUUUCUUUUUCCUUAGAAAACUCCAUCAUAUUUCAGAUUCACCCUUGGUUCAAAGGUGUCAAAUGGGAUAAAUUAUAUCAGAUGGAAGCUGCCUUCAUACCUGAGGUUAAUGACGAGUUGGACACCCAAAAUUUUGAAAAAUUUGAGGAGGUGAUCUUUCCAAAAACAGAAAAAAUUAUAAAUCUUCUUGUUAGUUGAUUGCGGUUUAUCUGAUAUUCUGCAUCGUGCAUUUAUCUUUAUUAUGUGAUGUGCUGCUUUAUAGUCAUGCGAGGAAAUUCAAACGUCAUCAAAGUCGGGUCCUUGGAGAAGAGUAAGCAUGUUUUUUUUCUUUUAUUCUUCUGGCUAAGUUUAUUGUUUCUUUGCGUGUUGGUGCCUAUUGCUAAACAUGUCCUCCGUACAUUUUAUGCUGUCUAGAGCUUGAAUAUGAUUGCUAAAUUUCUCUGCAUCUCGCCAUUCAUUGUCCCCUGACGUGGUUAGAAAUGCAUCAUGCAUCUGAUUCUGAUGAGCCAGAAUCCUCUGAUGGAAGACUUCCUUUAUUGUGAAUUGCCUUCGCCUAAUCAAGCUACACGGCCACAAUUUCAGAUGAAAAGUUGUCAAAGCGGUGAUGCCCGAUUCGUUCUAAAUUUCUCUUUAUCUCGAAAAUCCGUAGAUUCUGAUGGAAAACCGUCCAGCCGCUGAAUAUCCCAGCAUUAUUUAUUAAUUUGAUGUAGUUUUUCUUAUUCCAGCCGUUGACUUGCAUCCUUUCAUUAAUUGUACUAAAUGCCGCCGCCAAUGGUUAUGGAUGCAUCUAUUGUUCUUGCAGAUGCUUUCUUCAAAGGAUAUCAAUUUUGUGGGCUACACUUAUAAGAAUUUUGAAAUUGUUGGGGAUCCUGAAGUGCCCGGCAUCGGUAACUUUUUCUCUUGCUCUUUCGAUGUGUAGAGAUUAAUGAGAAGAUUAUUUACCACCGGAUAUCUCCAAUAUGUAUGUAGGUCGUAGGCUUGUGAUCAGUCUUCUAGUUAGUUCUCUGUGGUAAUAGUUCUUGAGUUUCUUCCCGAAUGGAUCUGAUUUAUUGAGUUUUCCUCCAUAAAUGCAUAUUUUUAUAAUUUCUCUGUUUUUCUGGCUUCCAGUUGAUCUCAUGAUCCACUCGGUUGAGCAAUUGCUUUCUGCUGCUGUUUUCUUCAUCUUAAUUAUGAUUUUAAUCAUUUAAAUCAAGAAAAAAAAAUUCUUCAUAAUGGUCCAGAGUUUGUGUGCCAAAUGUAUAGCUCUACUCAACUCAACUCAACCUUGAUCGGAAACCAAGUAGAUAGUAAAGAUUUUAUACAUCAUCUCAAAACAAUAUCCAGCUUACUUUGAUCGAAGAAAGCCUAUAGUUAGUAUCAUUUUUUUUUAAUUUCUGAAAAAGGAACCCGAAUCAUUGGAGGCCGCAUUGCAUUAUCCGAAGGGAACUUGGCAAGAAAUUAAAAUUGCCAACAUGUUUCUUGUGACAGAUGCAUUUUUCCUGUGAUUUCCCAAUGUGCCUUCCGGUUCUUGCGCCUUCGAAUUGAGAAUGAGCUGUUUUAUAUCAUUCGAAUGAAUGGAAAUAUAAAUGGAUGAAAUUGGUUCUGGUUCCUUGUGAAGAGGAUAAAUCUCGCAUAUUUGCUUGCAGCUGAGUUGAGGAAGAAAAGCAAGUCAAGCUCAAAGAGACCCUCUGUAAAGUCCCUAUUCGGUCAGUACAUCCCCCCCCCCUCCACACUCUCUCUCUCUCUCUCUAGAUUAUUUGCCUAUGUUGGGACAUCAGGGAAGAUUUUGACUCACUAAGUAGGAUUAUCAAAUGGGGUCCUUUGUGAUUACCCACUAGUUAUUAUUUAUGAAUUAUACAUCUCUCUCUCUCUCUCUUUCUCUCUCUCUCUCUAGAUUAUUGCUCAGCUUAGUUGCUCCUCCCGCAGAAUCCUCGGAUUUGGACGAAGAGCCCGUUCGAGGGAGCUUCCUCAACCUCCUUCCCCCACAGCUGGAAGUCUCCAAGAACCACCAGGGCUCUUCUUCGUGA